GAGGGUGCCGGGCUGGAGCUGUGGUUAAGGGGCUGCAGGCAGGCCAAGGGGGCGGGCAGGCGGGACCAAGCUGCAGUAAACCCCAGGCCCAAGCUUGGCCGCCAUUCUGCUGCCAGGCGGCUCUAGGACUUGUUGCAAGAGGCAGAGCUGCACGUUUCCUGUACACUGUUCCGGUGGCAAUAGUUUGGGAGUCAUUUGCAACUUUACUGAAGCAAAAAAUCAAUAAUUCAUAAUAGACAAACUAAUCCACUUUGGCAUCUUCGAUGAUAUUAUCUGGAACAAGUUGUCGUGGUAACCUAGUGGGAUAAACCUUUGUUUGAAUCAUGUACUGGCCAAAGAAAAAAAUUCCAGUGAUUCUCUGGGUAAUCCAGUCAGCUGUUCCCCUUGGUGUGCAAUUCUGUUCUUCAUCCAGAUUGGAUUUAGAGUUCAGUGAUCAACCUAAAGCCACGAUUACUGCGAAAAUAGCUGGGAAAAAAAGUCAAGUUUUGAAAAAUUAUAAUAAUGAACAAGUGUUGUUUGCAUUUAAUUAGAAUUUUAUUCCGAGAUCAGGUCUGCAUUUUGGAGCCACACUUCAAAGUUUCAGGAAGAUUUGCAAGACAUGCAAGUGUUACAUCAGUUGUGACCAGCUCAUUUAAUGCAUACCUAUGUUUUCAAUCAUUGGCUCAUCAUUUUUUCUCAUGCUCGAAAUGACUGACUAACUACGCACAUUUUUUUGAGUUCCUGGAUAUUUCCAUCUUUUGACAAAUCUAAAGCUUCCACAGGAUAAGGUUGAAUAUGCCAUCUGUAAUAUUGUACCUGGUUCUUCAUCUUUCGGCUGCAUGGUCAGACCCAGUUAUUCCAAGGAUGUGUUGGCAAUAUGGAGAAGUGCCUUUGAUCACAUUUUCUGCUCGAGGUGUGUCAAACUAUUCAACAUUGUUGCUGAGUGAAGAUCGAGGUGUGCUGUAUGUAGGUGCCCAGGAAGCCAUCUUUGCCGUGAACAUGUCGGACAUUUCAAUUAAAAUCCAUGAGGUAUUCUGGAAAGUCCCACAGAUAAAACAGAGGGAAUGUGCAGCUAAAGGAAAAUCUGAAGUGACUGAGUGUCUGAACUACAUACGCAUCUUACAUGAAUUUAGUAAUGAAAAGCUCUAUGUGUGUGGGACUUAUGCAUUUCAACCAACCUGUGAUUACCUUUCAAUUGGGAAUUUUAUUCUGCAAGGGCGAAAUGAAGAGGGUAAAGGAAAGUGUCCAUUUGAUCCUGCUCAAAGAUAUACUUCAGUUAUGGUUGAUGGUGAGCUUUACUCAGGAACAGUCUUCAAUUUCCUGGGAAGUGAGACAGUCAUUCUUCGGAGCCAUUUGCGGACAGAAUAUGCAAUACCCUGGUUAAAUGAGCCAAGUUUUGUCUACUCCGAUGUGAUAAGAGCCAGUGAAAAUAGUUUGGAUGGUGGUGAUGAUAAAAUUUAUUUCUUCUUCACUGAAGUGUCUGUUGAAUAUGAAUUUAAUAGCAAACUUCUGGUGCCACGAAUAGCUCGAGUGUGCAAGGGUGAUAAUGGAGGAUCACGAAUUCUGCAGAAGAGAUGGACAUCAUUUCUCAAAGCUAAGCUGAUUUGCAAUCUACCGGAGUCUAAUUUUGUCUUCAAUGUCAUUCAGGAUGUUUUUAUUUUGAAAACACCAAAUUGGAAGGAAACAGUGUUUUAUGGUGUUUUUACAUCCCAGUGGAGUAAUUUGGAAGUAUCAGCAGUCUGUGCCUUUAACAUGUCCAAUGUAGAAGAUGUUUUCUCUAAAGGGAAAUAUAUGCAAAGUGCUACAUUUGAACAAUCCCAUGUAAAAUGGGUCAGAUACAAUGGACAAGUUCCAAAACCUCGCCCUGGCUCAUGUAUAAACAAUGAAGCGAGAGCUUUGAAUAUCAACAGCUCACUGAUGUUGCCUGACAAAACUCUUCAGUUUGUGAAGGAUCACCCUCUGUUGGCAGACCCAGUGAACCCUAUUGGAAAUAGACCAAAAUUGGUGAAGAAGAAUGCAAACUAUAUGCAGAUUGUAGUGGACAGAGUUAGGGCACUUGAUAACGACCUCUAUGAUGUCAUGUUUGUGGGUACAGACAAAGGAUUAUUGCACAAAGCAAUUAACUAUGGUAAUGAAAUGCAUAUAAUUGAAGAAGUCCAGAUUUUCCCUGACUCUGAGCCUGUGCAGACAUUGCUCUUGUCCAAAGAGGACAAAAAGUAUCUUUAUGCAGGGUCUCAUUCUGGUGUUGUUCAAGCCCCUGUUGCUUUUUGUGAAAAGUAUAAAACCUGCACGGAUUGCAUUUUGGCAAGAGAUCCCUAUUGUGCUUGGAACACCGGAAACAAAAGUUGUGACUGGAUUACGAAUAAUCAUACCAAUAAGAGCAGUUUGAUACAGAGCCUGAAUGGAUUUGCAAUUCCUUGCAGAGCUGAAGAUGUGGAAUCUGCAAUAUCUGAAGAACAUCAUGUGGAUCCAGGAGGAUUUAAAGAAUUGAAAUGCUUACCCAUGUCUAAACUGGCUAAAAUUAUAUGGAAGUUAAAUAACAAUACUCUCAGUGAGAAUGCAAAAUACCGACUUGUUCAAAACAAUUUGCUGAUUUUCUCUGUAAAUGAAGAUGAUUCUGGUACCUAUGAUUGCUGGGCAGUAGAAUCUAUGAAGGGACGCCUGUAUGAACAGCUGGUGCAAAAGUAUUCUCUGAUCGUAGAGGGUCCAUCUAAAGUUGUAACAACCUCCCCAACUACACCCUUUGCCAAAAUGCAAGGUAAUUCUGCAACAACGCAGACAAGCACAGAUCAAGAACAGAGAUCUCCUCAUACACUCACACCCCAGAUUCAAACUGAUAUGUUCACAUCAACUGUGCCAUACACUUCAGUCUCCCCAUUCUCAGCCCCUCCACUUCCAAAUUCAGUAGUAGACACUCAAGCUAUUAGUGAGCCUUCAACUGCGGAAAGUAAUGAUAGAGUUUUAUUAUCUUUACUUGUAGUGAUUACACUUCUUUUCCUAAUCCUAAUUUGUUACAAUUGUUACAUGAAAUACUUGCCAGAUCCUUGCCUGAAACUACGCCUGUGUAUAGUCAGUAAUGAAAAGAAACCAGAAUUUGAUUAUGAUGUGUCUGAGGAGCUGGUAAAGCACCAGGCAGUGAAAAUCAAUUCAGAUAAUCAAGGUAGUGAGCAGAUUCCUGCUGGUGACAAGGGUUAUGAAACAGAAUCAGACUGUGGGAAUGGCAAAAUUCCAAGUUCAGAGAAAGCUCAAGAGCUCAAGCAAAUCCAAGAAAACCACUCCAUUGGUUCGAUUGAUGCAGAGAAAGAUGCAGAUAUUCCUGACAUUAAAUUCAUUGAUGAGGAAGUUCAGAGUCUUUGCUAGCAUAUUUUUGUAUUUCUCAUAGGUUUAUUGAAGUUCAGCUGGUUGCAAGCGUGAGUACAGAAAGUUAGAAAAAAAGAGAAAAUCAUGUAAAACUUUAAAAGGUUUUAUUAGAUAAGCGUACUUCUUGGUAAAUGAUGUUAAAAGUGAAUAUCAAUCUCACGUUCAACCUGCAUUAUAUUCAGCAAUCUCUAUUGUUUUCAUGUGCUCAGUAUACAGGUCAUUUGAGUUUCAUUCCAAAUUGGAAAUUAAUAAUUUAUCAAAUUGGUAAAUCUCAAAAGUGCUGUCCAAAUUGGAGCAUAAAUCUUUUUUUUGCAUAUACUGUAUAUAUGGUAUUUUGUAUUGCACUGAAAAUCUGGAGUAAUAUUCUGUUAGAAAUUAUUGUAUUUUGUUGCUGCAUCUAAUGUAGGUUGAUGCUUUUGUUUAUGCUAACACUGUACAGCAACUCAGGGAUCAAACAAUGAACACUAGAUAUGUGUUUUCUUUAGCUUGUCUCUUGCCAAAAGGCUGUGUGUUGUACAAACUUUAGAUAGCUUUAGUUUACAAUAUGUAUAUGCUACAGUAAAACAUGGGGUCCAUAAAAAUGUGAUUGAGUGGUGAAACAUUUUAAAAGGGAAAACGAACAUUUUUAAUAUGCUGUUGCUGAGCCAUGCCACAACAGAGUGCUUAGUUGCCAAGACUUUUCAUACUUGUGGAAGACUUUUGAUGCUCAGCCAAACACACAACCAACUGUAGCCACAUUGCCAUAGAGAUUAAUUUUUCCAACCAAUGUGGCAUGGGACAAAAUCGUAUGCUGUGGACACAUUAUAAUAUAUUGUAUGGCUACAUUGUUGGAAGGAGUGAAUUCUUACAGCUGUGAAGUCAUUGAUGUUUGAGACUGGAUUUUUAAAAAGCUGAUCCGGUGGACUUUGGUAAGACUGAAAAAAGCCAACAUUGGAACCUGUGUUUUGCUGCUAUAGACGUUCAGUCAUUUUAGUAACCUACUGAACUGCUAUUUAGAACAAGACCCACUGGUGCAAUUAACUGGCUUUUUAAUCUGUCGUUGCCACAACAUUUUUAAGUUUAUGCAUGACAAGUCAUUUCAUUCUGUUUUCUGGCAUCUUUAUUUGCUACUGUGUAUAUAAGCAAAGACAUGUUCCUUUUGAAAUUACUUUAUUCAAGAAAAAAGUCUUAAAAGGUUUUAUAUAGAACUAAAUUCUAGGGAAAUGAGCAUUCUGUGUGGUACAUUUAGUGGUACAAGUCAUAAAGGAAAUGGUGUGUAAAAUUUCAUUUUUAAUUGUGUAAAAAGUUAAAGCCAGCAAAAAUGUCCUUUACAGAAAUAUUUUAAACCACUGAAAAUUUAAUUGAGCCUUGUGUGUUUUUCUGCAUCUGCCUUGCAACGCCACAAGUUUAUGCAGUCCUUUAAAUACCACUACUACUUUGCCUGACUCAAUCUAUCGCCCUUUUUUUAUCCUUUUUUAAUGCAUGAUCAAUCUUGUUUGUGUCUUUAGAACUCUGUUUGGUUUGUAUCUUUCUGUCUCACAGCUUCUCCUGUUUUACCUUUCACUCCUAUCGGUCCCUCCUCCACCUUUUGGGCCUGGUCCAUCUUCUCCCUUUGCUAUUACCCCACCUGAAGGGUCUUCUCAUGAUUGGUCCAGUGCAGACAAUACAGUGGUUCAACUGUUACCACCACUGCUGAGCGACCAGAUACUUAAUGUGUGUAGCCCUGGAUCUGUUCACCUCUUCUGUCAAGCUAUUGGUGAGUGACCAUCUGCUAACAGGAGUAAUUACCUUUUUAUUAAGUGGAAGCAGGAUAGAGGCAAACCUGGACACCUUAAUUGCAUUGAAGCAACUUGCCUCUUCUUUACCAAGGAAGAAUGUUUUACAUGUGGUAAUAUUGGAAUUGUGUAGACUUCUCUAAGUUCAAAGCCAGUCCCUGAUAUCCUGUUAGAACCUUUGUUCUUUAUGAUAAUGUAAACAGAGUUUAUCUGGGACCUAGAAAGACUUUUUCAUUUUUAUAUCUUUCACUUAGCUAAUAACUUGUUAUAUGUGGUACUAUGGUUUUUUUAUUAAGUGGAUAUGUGUAUUAAUUACUUUUGAUUAUAAGAUGAAAUAGUACGUUUUUACAGAGAUUUGCACAAUAAAACUUAAAUCAACAAUCCACUGUACUUUGCAGGUAUAAAUAUGCAUGUAUUGUGACCAUUGUUCAAAAUGAUGCAAUAUUACGUAAUUGUGAUAUUUCUAGUACAUCUCAUCGUUGAAUGGUAUUUUUUAUUGCACACCUCCAAAGUUGCUCAAAUUGCAACACACUUAGUAUUGCAUGCUAUUAAUAGAAUAUGGAGUAAAUUUCCUUGGGACUUCUCUCAUUCAGUCAACGUAGCCUUGAUCGAACUCUGGAUAUCUGCUUACACAUGUAAAUGGGAUUAUUUCAGCUGGAGCUUUAGCGAUGAAGUAGGAGAAGCCCCAAAGAAGAUUGUUUGUUUCUGGCUGGCUGGCUAUCUGACAAAGAAUAUUAAUCUCUGAUGAUGAGAUUACUGCUUAUUAAGAGCACAAGAAUAGUUACUGAGAGAUUCAAAUUUGAAACUUUGUCGUUAUCAAGAUUGACACUCAAUAUUGUUCUAAAUAAAUACUAUCUUUAAAUAAAAUCAAUUUAAUUCACUCGAUAGUUACUUAAUUGUGCAUGUUCUGGCUGAAUAUGAAAAUCCUUUACCUCUGCUACUUGUUGACUUUUUUCAUAUUAAAAAAAACUUGCUUUCAA